AUGGUUGUUCAUUGUUGCAAUUCGGAUGCAGAGUUUCGUGGAUUUUUGGCAAAUGCUGGCGCGAAACCUGUUGUUGUUGAUUUUUAUGCAAUCUGGUGUGGACCAUGCCGACGAAUAGCACCAACAUUUGACCAACUUUCCAACCAAUAUUUGAAUGUUGUUUUCGUAAAAGUGGACGUUGAUAAGGCAAAAGAUCUAUCGACGCAACAGGGAGUUACUGCAAUGCCUACAUUCAUCGUAUACAUGAAUAGGGUGAAGGUUGAUCUUUUGCGUGGUGGUGAUUCAACGGCAUUAGAAGCGCUAGUGAAAAAAUGGUCGGAAAAUGCGCCAAAAGAAGACAGCCCAGUUGCGGGACAAACUGAUCUCAUCACAUUUGUUGAUAAAACACAGGUGGAAUGCUUGAAUGAAGACGAUAAUGCAACGCUGAGGAGUUUGCUCAGUGGUGAAGGAGUGCUUACAUCUGAUUGUGACCCUCAGCUUAUCAUAUCAAUUCCAUUUAAUCAGCCAGUAAAAAUCCAUUCCAUUUAUUUGAAAGGUAGUGGUUCGUCAGCACCAAAAACGGUUAAAAUUUUCACUAAUCUUGCAAGUAUUCUUGAUUUUGAUCGAGCAGUAGGUGCUGAAGGUGUACAGACGAUCUCUUUUUCCGAAAAGAUCAUUGAAGGAGAAUUAUGCAAUCUACGUUACGUGAAAUUUCAAAGCGUGAAAAAUAUACAGCUGUUUGUGGAAGAUAAUCAGGGCGGGGACGAAAACACAACAAUUGAAGCCCUUCGCCUCUAUGGAACGCCACUUUCUGCAACAAAUAUGCAAGAUUUCAAACGAGUUUCUGGUAAAGUUGGUGAAGUUGGACAUUGA